CGCGGUGCCUGGAGGACAGGGUCACCGGCGAGCACCGCCUCGCGGAGGCGUCCCUCCCCUCCCGUCCUUCUUGUCCUACUCUUUCCGUGUCAUUUCCGAACGGAGACUUCAGGCAGGUGCCUUCUCCAUCCCUUACCCCGAGACGCGGGCAGACAGCUGCUUUGCCCGUGUGAAGCCUGUAUAUAUUUCUUCCCAAGCUUGAAUUGCAUUCAAAGGUUUGCGGAUAACCGGUGGGAAGGAGAACCCAGGCCAACUUUGACCCUUGGGCUUUACAGACCUUUGAAGCUGUAGAGAACGAGAAGCAGGAAACAGAUGGAAGACUGCUGCGACCCUGCCCAUCUCUUUGCUAUGACUAAAAUGAAUUCCCCCAUGGGGAAGAGCAUGUGGUAUGAUGGGGAGUUAUUAUACUCAUUCACCAUUGACAAUACAACUUAUUCUCUCUUCCCCCAGGCAACCCCAUUCCAGCUGCCCUUGAAGAAAUGUGCGGUGGUGGGAAAUGGUGGGAUUCUGAAGAAGAGUGGCUGUGGCCGUCAAAUAGAUGAAGCAAAUUUUGUCAUGCGAUGCAACCUUCCUCCUUUGUCAAGGGAAUACACUAAAGAUGUUGGAUCCAAAAGUCAUUUAGUGACAGCUAACCCCAGCAUAAUUCGGCAAAGAUUCAGGAAGGAAAAUUUACAAUCACCUAAAUCAUCAGUAACUGCGGAUAAGAGGACGCCAUGCACGCAUUUUGUACCCAAACAUCAUUUGAGGUUUCAGAACCUGCUGUGGUCCAGGAAGACAUUUGUGGACAACAUGAAAAUCUAUAACCACAGUUACAUCUACAUGCCCGCCUUUUCUAUGAAGACAGGAACAGAACCAUCCCUCCGGGUUUACUAUACACUGUCAGAUGUCGGUGCCAAUCAAACAGUGCUCUUUGCCAACCCCAACUUUCUGCGUAGCAUUGGGAAGUUCUGGAAAAGUAGGGGAAUCCAUGCCAAGCGCCUGUCCACAGGACUCUUCCUGGUGAGUGCAGCCCUGGGCCUCUGUGAAGAGGUGUCCAUCUAUGGCUUCUGGCCCUUCUCUGUGAAUAUGCAUGACCAGCCCCUCAGCCACCAUUACUAUGAUAACGUCUUGCCCUUUUCUGGCUUCCAUGCCAUGCCAGAGGAAUUUCUCCAGCUCUGGUAUCUUCAUAAAAUCGGUGCGCUGAGAAUGCAGCUAGACCCGUGUGAGGGCACCUCACUCCAGCCCACUUCCUAGGGACCACGGAGAAAGAAAGAACUGAGCCGGGGCAUUUUUGUUAGGUUUUCUACAUGACUCCAAAAGGAAAUGGUCAAGUCAUUUCAUGUAUUUGCAUGGACCACUUGGAAAACGGAAACAAUGAAAACCCAAGGAGAAUUCUACUUUUAAUGUUAGCUUGGAGGACAAAUAAGAAAUGCACGUCCUGUGAAAUAUUUUAUAGCACAUGUGGAUUUGCAACGAGUAACACACGGAUGAAGUGAUGUUGGCAAAGCACAUUGACAUGAUUUAAAUCUAGAAGGUACAGUUCACGGACAAGUUGGACCUCUGGUGGAAGCUGAGAAAUUAAUCAAGGUGGAAAAAAUGAAAUGCCAGGCCAAAGUGUUACUGAUUAUCAAUACAAACUGGCUUCAUAAAAAAACCUGUCUUACUAAGAGUGACAUUAGAACCAUAGGGUUUUAAAAAUUAUUAUCGAUUUUUGCCCUAUUUAGGGGCAGUGAGUUGGGUGAUGGGUAGAUUAAAAAUUCCCUUAUUGAAUAAUAAGGAUACAAAACACUGCAAUUGAUUAUUGUGAUUUGUUAAACCAAGUCUAUGUUAACUAAAGUCCCCCUCUAUUUAAAAAAUGUUAAAUAAGAAUUGCCUCCUCCCCUUUCGUCAAGUCUACUUAGACAAUGUGAAGUAUUGUUGAAUUUAGACUGUGUUGAUUCAUAGUCUAGAUAACAUGAGCCACUUUUCCUCCUCCUCAGAAUUUCGGGCAUAAACCAAAUUUUAAGUCUGCAUUAUGUAAGACUAUUUGCAUCAUCAUUAUUAUUUUAGUGCAAAAAAAGUACAAAUGUCAGUGCAAAUUUAUUUAUUUACAAAUUAGCAAAGCUGUCUUCAUAAUUUAAUGUUCAGAGAUGAAGUAAAGCACAGUGAAAUAAAGGUUUAGGUUCUGGAUGACAGACCAGAAGACACAUCCCCGUUCUAUCUACCAAGGUAUAUUCACUCCAAGAUAAAGCAUAUGCAUCCACACAUAUAAGCAAGCAUAUGCUCAUGCACACACCCACACAUAUAUGUACACACAGGUAAACAAAGCUCAUUCCCAUGCAGCUACAAAAGCCGAAUCCACAUAUCCUGGCAUGGCAAAGAUCUAUAACCCGUGUUGGAGAGCUUCAAAUGUGCUACCCGCUACAGCUUGAUACAAGACAGCCAGCUUAUUGGUUGCUGCUCACAAUGCUCAAACCAGCAUGAGUUGCGAACUUCACCCCCAUAGGCUUACCCAAAAUGAGCAGAAUUGUUUUAUUUAUUUUAACUCACCCCAACAUCUCACGAAUGGACCUGUGUUGAGCAUGGUCACACAAGUAAAGGGAUGUGAAUUACUAGUUAUUCUCUCGAUAGCAGGUAAGACUACUUAGGAAGCUUGUUACAUCAGCUUUGACAUGCUGCAAACCAACUCUACUGGCAAGAUUACAAGCAGCCAAAUAUGUUUAUAUAUAAGAGAAAGGUGAAGGAAGCUUCUCAUUGUCUUUUUGCUUUGGAAUGCCUUAAUCUGAAAGAUGACACUAGAAAUCACUAAGUGUGAUGAAAAUGUAGGUAAACAAUGUCAAGAAGUUCUACUCCAUGUGUAAUGGUAGAAACUUGGUAUACCAUAUUUAAACAGGUGGCAGUUUUUGGUAUGUUCACUUAAAAGAGAGACAAUAAAGCACUGGGAGAAUUCACCAUUGUUAAUAGGGCAGUUUCUAAAUAGCAUUGAACAUUGAAGUUACUAUAGAAAUAAACAGUUGAAAUAUGACUGGUUGACAUAACACAGAUUAUACUGGUACUUAGAAAGUUAAGAAUUUGAGAGGAUCAAUUCUGUGCAGUUCUGAUUUGCUAUUUUGAUCUUAAAUGGCAGCAGAAAUGGAAUGAGAAUGUACUGUGAGCCAUGCUCCAUAUUCGCUGUAUGUGCAACCCUGAAUAUAUUUACUCUAGAGUUAUUAUUUAAUAAUUACAUUAAAAAGGAAUACAUUUUUACCUACACAGUUCAUCAAAAAUGUGAAGGGCUAAGGAAAAACUCAUAUAAACAUUAAUAAAAUAUGUGUGACUCACAUUAGUGCUUUAAUUGUUAAAAUUGUUAAAACAUAACUUACGAUCUCCAUAAAGCCCUUGCAUCAGAGUUCUAGUGAAAAUGUGCUCUGAGAAUUUUAUAUCUUCUUAGGAUGUAUAUUUUACAUUCUUCUUAGGAUCCUGGGAUAGAUUUAUGCAGUUGGUUUGUGUAGUGUUUAGUCUAUAAAUUUGUGGCUUCUGAAAGGCUACACAGAAAUGGCCCAAACUGAUACAUUUAAUGAGUUAGAACACUGCUUCUCAACAUGGAGUUGGGGGAAUUCUCCUGUCUGAUGACAUUUGGUGAUGUCUGGAGACAUUCUUGAUUGUCAUGAUUUGGAGUGGACAGAGGCCAGGGAUUCUGCUAAACAGUACACCCUGUUAAACAGAGGACAUCCUGUUCACCACCCACAGCAGCAAAGACUUACCCAGGCUAAAAUGUCAGUAGUACCAAGACAGAGAAUCCCUGGAUUAGACCAAAAUGAUGUUUAAACUCUUCCAUAUUGUCUUUAGUUAAGUACACAUGUUCAUGCUCAUGUCAUUCAAAGUAUGACUACAAUUUAAUAAUUGUUUUCUUAGAGUAGAUUAUACGUAGUCCCUUUCUGUGGUUAGGUAGAUGCAUCUAAGCCUAGGAGUGGGAGGGGUUUGCUUGUGUGUGUGUGUGUGUGUGUGUGUGUGUGUGUGUGUGUGUGUGUGUGUGUGUUUUGUGUGUGCGUAGCAUAAAAUUUUGCAUAUGUAUCCUUAUUGAUACAUGUGUUUUUAAGUGAGGCUCUCUCUAGAAUUAUCUUACAAAAUACUCUGAAAUACUCUAUCACUAUUAAGGAGUUGAAUUCUUAACACUUAUUAUUUUAUUUUGUUUAUCUGAAGUUCAGACCCUUCAGAAUCGGGCCCCAUAUUUUGCCAAAUUUGCUGAAUUACAUUUUAAUAUUGCUGAUCCUUAAGAUUAGUUCAGAAGACACUCAGGCUAUGGUAGACACAUUUAAUUAAAAAAAUAUUUCAACGCUUGCAAUGCAUCUGUCGAGAGCAAGCACAUCACCCUCCAAAAUCAGCCUAAUUUUUAAAUCAUUUUUUAGUGACAAAAAUUAGCUUGCCCCAUGAGGGCAAAAGAGGAGGGGGUGAAGAAACUGGAAAUGGGUAUCUGGUGCAACUUUUUUUUAUUAGCUUCACUUUGAGAAUUUCAUUGCUGCCAAGGAUGGUGAACAAGGAUGUCCUCUGUUUAAUUUUGACUACACUUCAGUAAAAUUAAGAUGGGUGACGGAUGAAGUCAUUCCAUAAGAAAGAAAAGUAAUUUCUAAAUGAAAGAGUUUUGUAUGGAAGAGGACACUGGAUAUAUAUCCUUUAUAGAGAGCAUCUGGCCAACAGUAUAUAUAAUGCUGUGCAUCUCAGCUGCAAUUAACACAGCAAAUCAAGGAGUGCUCCCUGGAUUUUGUUUCUGUAUUGUUCAUUUUUUAGCUAUUUAAACAAGGGCAAAUGAUUCAAAUGAUCUAAAAUGGCAGAUGAUCAGAUAAUACCUUGGUUUGGCUUUGUGAUGUGUGUACCCUUCUUAUAGCUAAAAACUUGGUUUAGGUUAAAUAUAAUGUGCCUAAGUAAUGGGCAGCAUGGCUAAAAAAAUCCACAUGGGAAGUAGCAAGAGAUCCCAGGAUUCUGAAUCUGCUAAAAUUUUCUUAGAUUAUUCAAAAGCUUUAUGAGAGUGUAAUAGAUGGUUCCAAGUGGAAACAAUAUCAAAAAAAUUUCUUCUUAUCAGCAACUAUGAUAAUUUUGUAUUCUUGUUAUAUUUCUUUUUUUGGAAAAAGCCAUCUGUAGUUUUCAUUUCUGUUUAAAAAUGAUUUUGUGAAAUUUAAUUGACAAAUCUUUGUCAGAAGGGACCUAAGAGGAAAAAAUUACACAGUCCACUCAAAACUUUAAGAAUUCUUAUUGUGCUGUAUAAACUUUCCCACCAGGACCAGGUAAUAUCUGCUCUGUUUUUAGAGUUGCAAAGAUCACGAUCUUUAAGAACUUUGUGGGAACUUGAGAAAAAGUAUAUAGAGGAAUGGGGCCUGAGAGCAGUACUGUGCUUUACUCUGCUUUUAUUUCUUUAUCUUCCCAGUGUAGAGCUCGACUCUCAGAUUACAGGACUUUGGGUGGACACACAUCAGGGAUGGAAGUGGAUAAACAACUCCGAGUCACUAGCACCUUAGGUUAAGCCCUAACAAGGUCAGCAGGAACCAUAACCAAAUAUGACGAGUGAUUUCAGCAACUCCCAUCUCUUGUGUGCUAGGGGCAGGAUGAGGCAAGCAGACAGGAGGAAGCGGCCCCACUUCCCAGGGUGUCGGUAUGCAGAGUCAGAGAUGCCUUUUCCCUUGACCUUGGCUUUCCGGCACUAUCUCUGUCCACUACCAAGGAAGCUCGCCUGGCGCUGGGGUCGAGCUAGCGGCCUUGUGGCUAGAGAGAGUGGGUGUGGAAAUUUGCUGAGAAGCUUAAAAUUUUACACUGCCUUAAACAUUUUUUUUUCUUCUUAACGGGUGCUCUCCAAAUUUAGGUGUCCUGUGACAGAAUUCUGGACACCCUGACCUAAUUAUGUCCCUGCUGGCAAUAAUUAAAAAUGGGGCUUUUUCCUGACUCAGAUGGAUUUUUCUGAGUCCUUAAAGCUAGGAAGAUAUAAAAUAUUCCACCGGUUCCCUUAUAGCCCCUUUAAAGCCCUGGAGAUCACUUAGGAAGAGGGAUCCGGAAGCCUGGAGUGUCUGUUGAAAACUCCUCACUAUGAGGCCACAAUAUUUAGGUUGUGCACUAUAAAAUUACUACUAUGUAAGUGGGAGGAGACUUACCUGAAUCUACAACUGCCUUUUCUCCUUCUAUCAGAUGGAAAUGGAUACUGUUGGCUUUACCCUCAGCCUGGGCUUGUCAUUUGGAUUUUUUACAUAGAUCCUAGAGGUUGGAAACGGAAACGAGUCCAUGAAUGGAAAGCCUGUCCAAACAUUACCUCUGCUCAUUCCAAUAAGGAAAAACAUGCUUCUGUUUUCUUUCUCUGAUUUUCUUCUUUCCAGUGCCAGCAUUUCUGAUUUCUUCUGUCUCCUAACAAAUAAGGAACAAGUAACUUACUAUAAAUUGAUUGAGAAUGCAUGUGAGAUAACCGAAGCCCACGGCUGUAUCUUUUUUAAAAUACAAAGGAAGAAUUUAUAUUUUGUUUACGGUCACUCAUUUACCUACCUCCUCUGUGUUUUUAUUGAUCUCUAUUUUAUGCUAAAAUCCUUUCUAAUUUUGCUUUCCUGUGAAAGCUGUGGGAUAUAAUCAAUGAUGCAAAGCUGUCUGGGAGUUUUAUGGAAUAGUAUCCAAAUAUAUUGAUCAUGUCCCUUUUGUUCCUAUGUAAUUAGAUUUUCUCCAGAUACUUGUCAUAGUACGACAUCUGACAUGUCAUUUUCAUUUAAAAGUCGUUGUAUGUUUCACACGGUACCAAUAAACAGCUUAAUAGAUGUGAUUUUAUCUAGGGCAGAGACCUCGGGAGUAAGAUAAGUGUGUUUUUCUCCACACAGUAAGAAAAGUGGAGAAUUGUAAUAGAAAAUGGUUUAACCAACAUAAAAAAGAGAGAGAGAAAAAAAGGGUCUUAGUUGUGAAGGGCUGUCGGGAGGGGUCUGAGGAUGCAGCUAAGCAGAGAGCACAGGCUGUUUUCCUUGCCUGCAGUUCCAAGAAUAGAACCUUUUCAAAACAUUUUAAAGGAAAUGUAUGGUCAUAUAGUUGUGGCUCACAAAGAAAAGGCAAGGAAGGAAGCAGUGUGGGGGCCAGGCUGUGAGACACCGAGGGGAAAAAAAUCAGAAGCUUGACAACUGCGUGGACCUGCACGGUCCACACGGGUCGCCCUCUCUGCCCCUCUCCAAGUUGUGCUUUUGUCUCUGCCUGAGCCCAGAUACGCACACACUCCCACGUCCACUUUUACACAUACUUCCAAAAUAAGAUGAUUUAGAUUUCCUUCCACCAGGAGGCAACCACAGUCAGAAGUGUCACUUGAACUUGACCCUUUGAGCCAUGGUCACCACAUGCUAUGCAUGGUGAGAGCUAGGAAGCUUUAGUCCCCUGCUCACAGUGACUUCAGUGACAGGCUUUUAUUAAGCAGACUAAGGUGUGUUUUCUCCCCACGUGUUCUAGUGUGAACACACACAUGCGUGCGCACAGACUCCUUGCAUUAUUUAUACCCACUGAAAGGAGAAAGACGGCUGAGCAGGUAGAGGGUCGCAAAGGGUGCCUUAACUUUUCCUGGCUCGGCUCCCACUUCUUAUGCAUUUCCUUCAUGUAGCCCUGUCAUUUUAGAGGUGUGACCGUGCCUGUUCCAAGCUGUAUCUUUAUCAUCAGCAAGAAUUCUUAUAAAUGUAGUAAAUGUGACUAUUUUGUAUAAACGCACAAUAGUAGAUAGGCCUUGGAGACCUCUGAUAACAGAAUGUAAAUAUCCUUUGUUGAAGUAGUAGAACCUUCCCACAGGGAGCAGCUUAGGUUAGCGGCAGGAGGAUGCCGAGAUUGAACAUGUUUGUUUCUCCAGUGAAUUCUAGAAUUCAUGGAAGCAAGGAGAUGAUUUUGUUUCUGUUUCUUAUUCAUUGUUAAGCAUUGAUCCUUUGGGGUUUCUUGUUAGUAGGGUACUAUAGACAUCCCUCCUAUAAUAUACUGAAUUCACAAUUUGAGAGGAUUGGUGGCCCUGGGGCUACCUCAGAGUCAGAGACACUAGAAGGAAGGGGAGAGAACAGACUAGAACAGGUCCAUUGAAACGCUUGCCUAGGAUUUAAAAAGAAUCAGCAACAUUACUAGAGCUCUAGUUACCAUACAGCACAACUGGUCUGAAAAGCUUUGAGAAAGAAAGUUGCUCUUUGAUUUAUUUAACUUGAUUCCUCACAUUAUGUAUUACUUCAUGUGGUGCAAGCUGUUUUUUUAAGAGCAAAUUUGCAAAGGCUGGAGGUAAGAGGUGAAUAGGAAACCUCAAAUACUCUUCCUUAUAUAGUACUGACUACCAGCGCAUGGAUGCAAUAAUUCUGAUAAAGAUUUUUAGAUUAGACUAUAAAAUUGAAACCACCUUUGAAAUGUACAUGGGAUUACUUCUUCCUCAUAAAGUCAAACUCCACUGGCAAGAGGGAAAAUCAAUGCUCUUCAUUUCCUUCUUUAAAUUUCAUAUAAAAUGUAGCAGGUAAAAAAAAAAUCCAAUUGGUUCUUUUUAUAGUGUGACUUCAAAAAAACUCUAUCUCUGUUGGGAACUGCUGAGUUGUUUCUUUCCACAGACUCUAACCGCAAUGUCCUAGGAGGAGGUUUGCUGUAAAAACAUGUCUUUUUCUUUAGUGUGUUCAUUGUAAUUAUGCCUGGUAGUGAGCAGGUUCCGUAAGUCUCAAUUUCUCUACCUCCCUUACUUGGAGAAUAUUUGGAAAUGUACCCUGUGAAUAAAUGAUUUUUUUUAUAGCUUGUCAAGUCUUUUUGUUUCCCAGAAGCAGAUGGGUAAUUAUAUUCCUUUUCUAUUCCUCUAUUUUGUAUCCAUAUCCCCCACACCGAUUUUUUUUUUCUUCCAGAUGAAAAUUCAUACUGCUUAGGGAGAAAAUUAUUUUAGAAAUACAGAAUUAUAAAUGCUAUGAAUAGAAUAUAACAACACGAUUGGUGCCUCUUAUGCGAGUGAAAGGCAUUAUCUAUUGGACAAAGUAAAGUAGAAAGAAAAUCAAGUGUUUAUUUAAUAUGAUAUAUGCACACAAGCAUGCUUUUUCAGCAAUACGAUUUGCCUUUAUACAAUGGGUCUGUGUCAGCAUGUGUGUCCUAAAGAGACUUUAAUACAUCUCUUACAAGAUUUAAAAUACUUAGAUUCCCUCCCGUUCAUAUGAGUGACUUUGACAAGGUCAAGUGUGCGUUCUCGUCUGAAUUAUUCAGAUAAUUGCUUCAAAGUCCCAUUUCCCUGGGGCUCUGGUGGCCUAGUUCUGGAAAGGACAUCAGGAAAAGUGACCUUGUUCUAUCCUUUAUCAUAUAUUUCUCCUCAGAAAUUGAUUGAGAUGCUUUCUGAACAUCUCCUUAUUAAUUCUCUGACUUCAUUCUCAUAUAACAGCCUUUUGGACUGCAGCUAUUUUAGGAAAGGAUAAUUCUAUUACCUAAUGUUAAAUCUUCAUGAUGUUUAGCUGAAUCAUCUGGGGGGGUGGGGGAAGGCAGAGCGCUAAUAUAAAUGUGGGUUACCCUAACCUAUUCUUGGACCAUAUGAGGAAAACAGAUUUAACUGGUUUUCACCAACUAUCAUUAAGUUAAAAAAAAUCUAGAGACUACUGAAUCCUGCUGUCCUACUUUGUUUCGAUUUAAACAUCCAAAAACAGAUAUUACAAAUCCAAAGGCAUUAAUUACUCAAGAAUUCCUAAACCUAAAAGGAGGGUAAUUACAAGUCACAGACUGCAUUUUUGCUUGGAAACUUAUUAUUUUGGAUAUACGUCAGAUUCUUGAUGGUAUGAAGAACUAAUGCUGUCGGAUGAUUCAACUGAAUCUUGCGAAGUUCACUGUGAAUGAUCAGAGACCAUGGGAUGAAACUGAGGCCAUAUCUAAUUAUGCUUAACAUUUAUAAUUCUAAGACAUCUAGUUACCGGGAUUUUGAAAAUGUGGAAAAACAAACCCUUUGUUAAUCUCUUUUAUGUAGAAAGAAUGAAAAUUAUUUCUUCCUUCUGCAAGAGGUUUACAGACAUGAAUUCAAAAAUCAGCCUCAAUUUUUAGGUGCUUUUUCAUGAUAAACAAUGCAAUCAAAAGUUAGAUUACAAGGCAAUCAAGGGUUUAUUGGUCUCCAGAUAGACUUCAAUCAAGAUUUCAGCCUUUGUGUUGGAGGAAAAGAGGACAAUAGGAAUGUAGUAUGGGUGUUGGUUCGGUGGGUUCAUUAGAAUCAGGUUCACACCGCGUGGAUUCCUGGCUCCUGGGAAAUGGUUUUUGACUGAGUGUUUGACACUGGCCUUUGCUAUUACUGGGCCCUCAGCCAUUGUGGAUGCCAGUUUAUUGAUGAUGCAUAACCUCUAUACCUGUUACCAAAACAAUUUUGGAUGGAAGCCUAUAGAGAGAGUCAUGGGGUAAUUGAGAAAGAUUAACUGCUAUUCACUUAACAGAGUGUUUGGACCUCUUAUAAAGGUUAAGAAUAAGAACAGUUAACGCUGUGGCUUUCAUUGCUUUCCACUAUGAAGUGUGUAGCGUCCUGUUACCCUUAAAACGGAUACUUAUUCCAGAUUUGCCUUUCCUGUCCUCAGGGCUUCCACCAGCGUACCAUCUGUGAACUUUCAGAGUGAUUUAUUUACCAUAUUGGUAUCCAUACAACAUGCAUCAUCCUUUUGACCAAGGGACGUAUUUUACAGAGAAA